UCUCUGCACAAAACAAAAAGAGAAGCAUUAGCAGAGCAAAAUGGAUAAACUCAAAAAUCAUAUGCCUGCAGCCUUUCUCCUCCUCCAUGUCUUAUGUUUAUGCAUAUCCCACACUGCAGCUUUCAAUGACAUCUCCAUCAUCCCUUUCACCCAAGGCUUCACCACUCUCUUUGGCGAAUCCAACAUCAUCCCCUCCCAAGAUGAUCAAUCCGUUCAACUCCAUCUCAACCAAUACACAGGGUCCGGCUUCCGAUCAUCGGACCACUACAACCACGGCUUCUUCAGCGCGAAAAUCAAGCUUCCGUCCGACUACACAGCCGGAAUUGUCGUCGCCUUUUACACUACAAACGGGGACUUGUUCAAGAAGACACACGACGAGUUGGAUUUCGAGUUCUUGGGAAACAUAAAGGGGAAAGCAUGGAGAUUUCAGACGAAUAUGUAUGGAAAUGGAAGCACACACAGAGGUAGAGAAGAGAGAUACUACCUCUGGUUUGACCCUUCCAGAGAGUUUCAUAGAUACAGCAUAUUAUGGACCACCCACAAUAUUAUAUUUUAUAUUGAUGAUGUUCCAAUCCGGGAGAUAGUAAGAAAUGAUGAAAUGGGGGCUGAUUUCCCAUCCAAGCCUAUGGGAUUAUAUGCUACAAUAUGGGAUGCUUCCGACUGGGCUACUUCCGGUGGUAAAUACCGAGCAAAUUACAAAUAUGCCCCUUUUGUUGCUGAAUUCACCGAUUUCGCCAUCCAUGGAUGCGCCGCUGAUCCAUUGGAGGAGGUCACGGCCACCGAAUGUGCCGAAAGAGAUGAACAUCUAGCCGGAGCUGAUUUUGCAACGCUAACACAAAAACAAAGGUUGGCUAUGGCAAAAUUUAGGUCAAAGUACAUAUACUAUUCAUAUUGUUACGAUACUGUACGGUACCCGGUCCCACCACCAGAAUGUGUUAUUGAUCCGGUUAUGAGGCAACAAUUUAAGGAGACGGGGCGGCCGAAGUUCGAACGCCGCCACAGGAGAUACAAGCAAAAAAGUGAAGUUAUGGGAGCUAGAAACUAUGGAAAUCAAGAGGAGGAGUGAUACUUAAGUACAUAUUUAUACAAUAUUGGAUUGUGAAGGUGAUUUUUUAAUUAAGAUAUAGAUUUAUUUUUGGGAUUGAUACAAAUAAAUAUAGAUUUGUUUAUGGAUUGGACUGGGAAAUUCUUUAGCUUGACCCAUCUUGUAAUAUAAAAUAAAUGGGGAUUUGCACUGUACUAGUUCUUGAGAUAAUGAGAGAUUUUAAACUUUGUGAUUUA